CCGUGCAGUUGUGUUCCGUUUCCAGGCACUGGCUUUUGUGUACAGACUUACGUACUGCAAUGUCAUCACACGCUUGGGCUAUGGAUCGAUGGUAGCAGACAGGAUUUGGCUUCGAUGCGUACUGUGAAAGACCCAUUCAACUACGACUGUGUGUAUGAGUCGGUGUGCUGGAGAAAUUCGAAGAAAUAGACGUACCACUUUAAAAAGAAUGUGCCUUAAUUAAUUAAGUUGUAAGUUGAACUUACUUCGAUUGUGUCUUCCAGUCUACCGUCAGUGUUUCUACCUCCAAAUAUAUUUGGUUCGAAUAAUUCCACUUGAUUAUUUGCGUGGUUUGGACAUUAAACGAUAUCGCAACCAUGAGAGAAAUUCUGACAUCUUCGUGCGCAGUUUUGUGAACCAUAUAGCUAUUCUAUAAAAAAAAAAAGGGUCUUGUCAGUUGUUUUUACAGUAACCGAAAAAACUCAUGCAGUUAUAGCUUCUGUGCCGUGCCGUUCUAAACAAUUACCUGAACGAUGUUUAUAACAGUGCGAUUCGGAGAGAAGGAGGAAGCAUUGUUUAACCCAAACUGCCGGACCUUGCUGCUUCUUGAGAACAUAAAGCAGAGAUGCAAUUGUGCAGAAGAUGUGGACGUUGACCUGUCAGACAAUGAAGGGAAUGUGAAACAUCUCUGGGAGGCUCCACUACGAUAUGCAAAUGAGGUGCUGAAAGAGCGGGAAACCCUCGUACUUGUACGAGUCGAAAAAAAUGAAGGCAGCCAGAAACCCCACUACAUUCCACUGUUAAACGACAUACAAGCAAUUGAUGCAGCCUUUUUGGCACGUCUUUCCACAAAGGAACACUCCGGUUCUGGGAGUGCCAAGGGCUCAAGGAGGAAACAUGGGAAGAAAGAUGCAUCCAAUAAAAGUUCCCGCCCUGGUGUGAAGUCGACCACGCCCACUGGAAGGAAGGGGUCGAAACGCUAAGGCCCUCCGCCCAAAUCACUUUGCAGGACAUG